UAUUCAGAUUAGUGCAUAACACUGAUCUGAAUACAUAAGCGUGUCAUAAUGAUAUGUGUUUUGUUUUUCUUUUAUCUUCUUUCUUUGUAUGUUUGUUUGCUUUUUUUUACAGAUAUCUGCGAUGGAGACGAUGCGUGUCUGAAUGGAGGAAGUUGUAUUAAUGAUUCGUGUACCUGUAUGUAUGGGUUUAUCGGCGAUAACUGUGAAUUAGUUGACUGUGAUAUCAAUCCGUGUAAAGUUGGAUCAACGUGUAGCAACGAUUUAUGCCAAUGCCAACCAGGGUUUAAAGGCAGUACAUGUGAAUCAAUUGAUUGCAACAUCGACCCAUGCACGAACGGGGCUGUUUGUGAAAACCACUCCUGCACCUGCCCCGAGGGAUACAUAGGCCUCACGUGUUGGUAUAAGAUCCCAGCACGGACAGUUCACAACGUGACGUUCUUCGACGCGGAUCCUCAUUAAUCUGGCUGAAUGAAUCAAUUAAUGAUAAAUGAAGAUCAUAUUAGAACCGACAAAGUUUUUCUUCUCUCUCUCUCAAAGGAACACCAUAUUCUAAACAGAGUUAAACGGUAGUCUGAAUAUCAAAUUCGGUUUGUCAAAUAAUUAUGAUAAUUUUCAUCUUAAUAGAUAAAACAAGAAUGUCUUGCCGCAUAGGCCUACUAAGACGUGAUAUGUCUUAAUUGGCAAGUUAUUAUAUGAAUGUUAUAAGGAUGAAAAACUAUCGUAACUCAUCAUUGUAGUUAAUAUUAUAACAAUACAUGAAAUAAUAAAUAUUGAGAUGAUACUGUUAUAAGCUGGAUGUGGUAUAGGCUAUUAAAAAUAAAUGAUAAAGAUUCUGAGGCCAAUGGUGUGCU